AUGUCAGACCAAAUAGCUUCACCUCCCAAAAGCCGCAUCCGCACCGCUUGCCGCCGUUGUCAGCGGCGCAAAAUCAAGUGCGGCGGAGAGUUCCCUAGCUGCAGUUCCUGCCAAAAGGCCGGGGUUUCUUGCGUUCGGGAAGGGAAACAAGAGGUACAGAGGUCAUACAUUGCAGGCAUCGAGCAACGUGUAAAAUGGCUGGAGUCACUCGUUCGCGAAAGUCGUCCGGAUAUCAAUCUUGACAGUGGGCCGGGCAAUGCUGCCGAUAAUACUGCUCCCAAUCAACCAAAUUUACCAGAAGGAGUCACGCUGCCAUCACCGAGCAGCCCAAUGCGAUUCGAAAAUUUGGGCCGGCUUCCAGAAGAACCGUUAGGGGGAAAUGCACCUGCACGGCAAGCUGAGGUCGAGAUCCAGCUGGAAAAUCCAAUAGAAGCACCACGACAUCGACACUUGAAACAAGCCCAUGAAAUCGGCCUUGUGUCACUAUCGCCAGGCGGAGAAGCUCGCUAUAUUGGUCCAUCCAGUGGAUAUUUCUUUGCUGACUUGGUAUUCUCUAGAGCUGGAAGACGCAGUCAGACCAGACCCAGAGCUCGUGCCACAGAGAAAAUAUCACACUUGGUGGAAAGCCCAGUUGCAAGUUUGCCUGCGCGAGAAGACGACGCCAUCAAGAUAUCCUCCAAUUAUUUUCAAACCACUCACCUGGUAUAUCCUUUCCUCCACGAGCAGUCUCACAUCAAAGACAUUCAUUUGAUGUACGAGAAUAGCCCAGCCAUCACGCCACAUGUCUCUUUUCAUGUGUAUAUGGUGCUAGCCAUUGCUUGCUGUAAUCUAUCUCGCCAGCACAAGUCCCAACUACCUGCCGAGGGCUAUUUCAAUGCUGCAAUGAAAUACUUUCCAGGUUCAUGUCAAGAAAACUCACUAAAAGGAGUGCAGUGUCUGCUCCUCCUGAUAAUAUACGCUUUGCACAACCCGUCAUGCAGUGUCAAUAUCUGGAAUCUGCUGUAUCAAUGCCUGGCCUCAUUAAUUGACCUUGGCUUGCAGCGGGACAUCAAAGUGCUUCCCGGGUUGGAGGUGUCUCUCCUAGAGCAAGAAAUGCGUACUCGGGUAUUCUGGGUGAUUUAUACCCUCGAUCGUACGCUGGCAAUUCUGAUGGGCAGACCGAUUGGCAUCCGUGAUGAAGCAUGCGAACUGAGACUGCCCAUGGAUAUAUCCGAUUCCCAGUAUGAGGCAGGACUCACGCAAGAGAGGUGUGCCGAUACUCCUCCGACGCAUAUAACUUAUGCUAUCCAUAUGUUCAAACUUGCGCGGCUCAACUCCGAGGUCAAAUAUGUCAUGCAUAGCAUUUGCCGUGACCCCCCUGCGUAUGCCUAUCCACCGGUGCGGGACAUGUCUGCUUGGCAAACGGACAUGAUCGAACGACUCCAUUACUGGGCGGCGGGAAUUUCCAUCAACUCAUGCUCCGAUUUGGCGACCACAAUGGCCGAAAUCAGAUAUCACGAAGCCGUCCUUCUUGUACAUCGACCUAAUCCCCGCGUUCCAGAGCCAUCGGAAGACUCCUUACUUGUCUGUUUCCAUCAUGCAACAGAAGUGCUGCGGAAAUACGGCACUCUGUAUCGCACGGACUAUUCUCCACUAUUAUACACUCGACUAACCGUGCACUCUGUGUUUCUGAGCACUCUCAUUAUGUUGUACACGGUUUGGAAGAUACCGAAUAUUGCUUCCCGGGUUUCCAAACACUUUGAACAGUUCAUGGCAGACAUAAAAGUGGCGUCGAACAUGCUGAGCAGUAUUGGAGAGCACUGGCUUGAAGCAAGGAAGACGAGAGACUGUGUGGACGAAUUGAGCGAUGCAACGGUGAAAUGGUUGCUCAGUGGUCGCGUCCAGUUGACAGAGACGGCAUCACAUACAAACGACCCUCCGUUAGGUGCAUCAAGUCUUCAAAAUCCAGAGCUUGUCGCACGGGCAUCAUCAUCCUCGCCGCCAGGCUUUGAUUCAGUUGAAUUUUUCGAAGAGCCAGGGUCAUUGAUGUCGACCGAAUGGUCAGACCUGCCAGAUUUUGAUAAUUUGAUGUGGGAGAUUCUGAAUUUCAAGUAG